AUGAAACGAUGGCGAAAACCCUUUCAAAAUUUAAUGAAAUAUUCGCAACGACCUUUAAAAGCUGAUGCUCCGUUUGAUGUAAAAAUAUCAUACCAACAUCAGUGCAUUCUUGUGAGUGACAAAAACAAAAAGAGUAUUGAAAUUUAUGAUUUACAGUACAGAUCAUUCAUUAGGAGUUUGAAAUUCGUGAAAGAUGUCAAACCAUCGUAUUUGUGUGUGGAACAUCAAAUAUUCGAACAUGAUUCAUUACUGGUGGCUUGCUCCAAUGACUUUGUUUACAAGUAUGAUCUGAAGCAAUUGCUCUUAUUGGAAACAAAUACUUAUAGACAAUCCAUGUUAAAUGAUGGACUUGAGAAUUGGAAAGUAGAAUGCAUCAAUCCUUGUGGAAUGGAUUCAGAUUCAACACUCAAGUAUGAAUGUAUUGAAAAGCAAUGUAUUUACAUUUGUGAGCGUACGAGAGGUAUUCUUGUUGUGAAUUCGCUACAAGGAAUUGUUUCACAAAUUAUUUCAAUUUCUUUGUUUUCACAAAGCGUGAAAGUGAUUGCAACAGAUGAAUUACUCGUUUGUGAAUAUUAUCCCAAUUUAUCAUGGGCAACUAGCAAGUUCGUAAUUUUGAAGAAAGUGAAUAACAACCAAGACGAGGAGCAAUGGAUCGUUGAUAGAACUGUUGGAAAGCAAGGGACAGGUGAAGAAGAUAUAUAUUUCCCAAUAAGCUUUGAUUUUGAUCAUGUUUCGCGAACGAUCAUUGUAAGCGAUACGUUCAAUAAUCGUAUCCAACUUUUUAACUUCCUUACUGGCAAGCAUGUGGGAUGUUUUGCUCAAACCGUUUGCAAAUGUCUUGGAAUUUGUCUGAAUGAAACAACUGGCGAGGUAUUGUUUGUGAAUAAUACUUGGAAUACUAAACAAAUGCUUGCACACAAAUUGAUUGGUUGUGCAAUAAUGGCUGUCGUUUGCGGUUGGUUGUGGUAUGGAGCCACUACUUAUUUCGAAAAAACAAACAACCAUCUUCCAACCAUGUCCACAUUGAAAAACACAAACUCUAUAUGUAAAAUGUUAGGAAUUGCCUUUGGGAGAGAUUGUGAUCUCUUUAUCAAUAAUUUGGGAUCCUCUCAAACAGGUAGAUCUGAUCAUACGUUAAACGCCAAUGAAUGUCAAUUCCUCAACAGUGAUUAUUUGAAAGAUGAACGAGAUGCUUUUGAGUUUACGCCACAAACCAAAGUCGCUUUCUUUGUUGGAAGUAGUUCGUAUCGCCUUUGGUCGAAACAACAAUUCUUUGAAAAUGUCAAGGAAUAUGCUGGAAACGAGAAUUUGGAAUUUUCACGUCCCGAUACUUUGUAUGUGCUCAAUGAGAAGGAGAAACAACAAUCCGGAGGGUAUGACGUUUUCGUUGUUUCUUGGAGUAAAAUCAAAAAACAAGACGAUUACAAACAACACAUGAUAAAACAGCUCGUACGAGAUUUGUAA